UCUCUAUCUCUCCCUCCUCUCUCUCUCUCGUAUGCAAUUAAGCCGUAGGGUAACAUAUAUCUUCAACCUUCGCCUUUAAAUAAGCCGCUCUCUUUUUUAUUGUCGCUAUACCAUGAAAGAACAGUUGAGCUCUUUUGGUAAGUCUUCUCUCUCUCUAGAAAUGGCGAGCUUGGACAGAGGUGCAGGGGUCCGUAGGGGUCCAUGGAGCCCUGAAGAAGACACGCUCUUGCGAAGAUACUUUCAGGACAAUGGCGAGGGUAAUUGGAGGCUUCUUCCAGCUAAAGGAGGGCUAAGAAGGUGCCAUAAGAGCUACAGGCUAAGAUGGAAGAACCACCUUAGGCCCUGUAUCAAGCAUGGAAACUUCAGCUCUGACGAAGUGGACCUCCUCCUUAGGCUCCAUAGGCUCCUCGGUAACAAAUGGUCAUCGAUUUCCAAAACAAUCCCAGGCAGGACAGAUAGUGAGAUAAAGAACUAUUGGAACACUUACCUUAAAAGGAAGCAUGCAUCGAGAUCAAAGUCACAACCUAUGCAUGCGAGUUCAACAAAAGUGGUAGACCCUCGAGGACACUCUUCACCUGGCUUCAACCCACAAACCAUAACUGAAGGUCCUUUAAAAGUGGUCAAGCCACGGCCUCAUCGAGUGGGGAGAUCCAUAUUUGCAAUGGAAAGUGAAGAGGCUGUUAGGAUUAUGAGUGCUUCCCAUAUGCCACAUAUAGAAGACAUGAUUCCAUUUCAAACCAGUGCAAUCACAUGUAGGGAGAUGAUCUUUGAAAAAGAAGAGCUUUUGCAAACAAGUCUAGAGGGAGAGAGAGGUUUGUUGGGUGAUGGGUCAUUAGAGAGAGAUGAAUGUGAGAUGCUUAAUUCAUUUCUUUUGGACUUGCCCACUUUAAUGUUUUGA